CAUACAGCAGCGAUCUGCUGCACAGGCCGAGAGAGAGGGAGAGCGCCAUGAGCGGAAAUGGGCCGACGCACGUCUACUUUCAGACCUCCGUGGGGAGCUUCGCGGUCGAGCUGUACUCGCAGCACGCCCCCAAGUCGUGCCACAACAUGGGAGAGCUAGCACGACGCGGCUACUACGACAACACCAUUUUCCACCGAGUGAUCAAAGACUUCAUGGUGCAAGGAGGAGACCCCACGGGGACAGGGCGCGGGGGGGAGUCCAGCUUCGGAGGGAAGUUCGAGGACGAGAUUCGGCGGGACCUCAAGCACACGGGAGCGGGUAUCGUUUCCAUGGCCAACUCUGGGCCGAACACGAACGGCUCUCAGUUCUUUGUGACCCUUGGACCAACGCCGUGGCUUGACGGAAAGCACACAAUUCUAGGCCGAAUUUCGUCGGGCAUGAAGGUGGUGCGGCGGAUGGGAAUGGUGGCCGUAAACUCGGAAGACAAGCCCCUGCAGGACAUGCGGAUAAUCCGUGCGAAACCCCUAGUGCUUGCGCCGGGGGAGGACGGGCCAGGGGAGCAAUGAAGCCACGCCUGCGCCACAACUAUGUAUUUGUCUAAGACGGCUGCACUUUGCAACAGCAUCUAGCGCGAAGAGUUGUUUGAACGGGCAACGAGGGCAUCGCGGAAGUUGUUGGAGGGGGGUCUCUGUUUGUCGGUGUGAACACUGAUGUAGGACGAGCGUUAGGGUCCGCUGUAGGUACAGGACACCGGAGGCGAUAUUGAAGCCCCAUACUUGGGAAGUAUUUAUAGAUUUUUAUGUUGGGACAAGAGGUAGCUUGUGUAUGAUACCCACAAGCACUUCGUGUUCAGGAGGUUGUGGGUCCCGGGUAACCUGCUUCCUGAUCUGGCGUGAUGUGAGGAUUGGAGGUACACUCAUGGUGCCUCCGUUGAAGCUGUUGAAGUACAAAAGUGUAUGAGUUUUUUCCCUCUCUGAAGACCCAAGAAAAGUCUCCUACUCGCAUGACCGGGCACCAGCAAGGGUGGGUAUCAUCCGCACGGAAUAUGGGCGGCAGUGCUGUGCCAAAGAGGUCACGCCAUAACCCAUGUUCUUUGUUGCACAAAUAUAAUCAAAUGCAUCGAUAUCGCAGGCGGGGGGGCAGCACACCGAGAG